AUGGCAAGUAUGAUAGAACGUUUCAAUAUGACCUCAACUUGGUCUCAUUUGAAAGACCUAGAUACAACAAGUUGCAGUAUUAAAUCAGAAGAAAGUACAUCGACUAAUGAAGACAAUGAUGAUUGUGGAAAUGAUGCCGAAGGUGUUUGGAGCCCAGAUAUUGAACAAAGUUUUCAUGAAGCGCUUGCCAUUUAUCCACCAUGUGGUAGAAGAAAAAUUAUAUUAUCUGAAGAAGGAAAAAUGUAUGGUAGAAAUGAACUGAUAUCACGUUACAUCAAAAUGCGUACAGGAAAGUCUCGUACAAGAAAACAAGUAUCAAGUCAUAUACAAGUGUUAGCGAAACGUAAAGCAAAAGAAAUACAAACAAUGCUUAAAGAUCCAUCGACAAAAGAUCACCGUGCAUUUACAACAUUAAAUGGAAUUGCUCGUCAUCAUACCGAACCAUAUUUUCAUCAUCAUUGUGCAAUAAAUCCACUGUUUCCACCAUCACCAUCGCCAUUAUCAUCGUUUAAACCAACAUAUUCGUCACCACCGGUAUGCCAUCUAAAUUUUGAAACAGUUCAUCAUUUAUGUUGA